AUACAUAAUAGUGUUACACAUUUCUUCGCCUAGUGGUAAUAUACAAUGCAAUGUGUAUUAUUGUUGGCAUUGUGAGCUAACCAAAUAGUUAUUGUUGUUACACUUGAAGAUCUCGUGUUGUAAAUUACCACUUUGAUAGAAAUGGAAACUAAAACGUUAAUACUACCAAAGCUGGAAACGAUCAGUGAAAUAUACACCGAAUUGGGUACUUCCGAGACGAAAUUGGAACAGGACGUGAAAAUUCUCAAAGAGUGGAUGCGAAAACAACCUCACCUGCCUGACCCAGACGACGAUGAAAAAAAAGUGGACGAAAAGCGAAUCAAAAAUAUACUGUUGACGUGCAAGAAUAGUUUGGAGAAAACCAAAGCAGUAUUGGACGGACACUACACUAUAAAACGUUUAGUACCAGAAUACUUCUCCAAUUGGGAUCCCACAGCGCCAGAGCUAAUUCAAUCAAUACAACAAUCUUGUUACUUUCCAUUUCCAAAACCUACACAUGAGGGCAACAGAGUAAGCCUAUAUUGUGUAAGGGACGGAUACACCGAUGGUAAAUAUGUACAUGGUGAUGUGAAUAAAUUAUGUUUUAUGACACUCGAUCUCAGAAUCGGUAAGUUAGACACCUUUAAAAAAGAAAUAAUCAUAAUGGAUUAUAAAAAUACAACAAUGAAUCAAAUAGCUGCAGCUUUACCGAAUAUUAAGAAAGUCGUUGAAAGUGCGCAAGCAGCAUUUCCACUUCGAGCACAUUCAAUUCACGUUAUUAAUACAACAAGUUUCGUACAGCCAUUAUUAAAUCUAAUGUUGAGUCUUCUAAAAAAGAAAAUUAACGAAAGAGUGUUCAUUCACAAAUCCGUCGAAGAUCUGAAAAAUUACAUAGAUCCUAGUGUUCUUCCACUAAACUUCGGAGGGACUUAUCCAAAGACGUCUGAUGAAAUGAUUGCUGACUGGCAGGAUGAAUUGAUUAAGCACCGAGAAUGGUUUCUUAUCCAAUCAUCAAUUGUUGCAGAUAAUAGUAAACGCCCAAAGAAUUCCAGAAACAGUUUGGAUCAUUUGGAAAACACAAUUACUGGAGGUUCAUUUAGGAAAUUAGAUGUCGAUUAGUAAUAAGUGAUAAAUCAUUUUUAAUUAAUAUAAAUUAUUAUUAUAACUGUUACAUGGCAUUUUUUU